AUGGCUGAAGCUAAAUUAAAAUCAAAAUUAAAGGUUUUAACUUCGAAAAAGCAAACCCUUUUCAAACGAGUACAGCUAUUAUUUGAUAAAAGUCAAAACAUUGCGGAUGAGACAAUUGUGAAUGAUUUUCUUAUCAGAUAUUCGACUUUGAACGAGACCUGUAAUGAGUUUAAGCUCCUAGUUGAUGAUAUAAAUUUAAUAAAUUUAGAGCUAGAUCCUGAAUUUGAGCCAAAUUGUCAAGAAUUGAACGUAAUUGAUGAAUUGUUUUGUCACAUUAAAUCCGUAGCUGAUUCUCUUAAGGUGAAAAAAUCCGAGCAAGUAAAUGAAUCGGUGAAAUCGAUUGGGGAUAUAGUUUCUCCUAGGCUACCUAAAAUUACGAUUCCAUCGUUUGAUGGCAACCCGUUAAGAUGGCCUAUAUUUUACGCUACUUUCAAAUCAUUGGUGCAUGAAAACAUAAAAUUGGAUAGUAUUUCCAAAUUACAUUAUUUAUUAGGAAGUUUAACUCACAAUGCAUUCGCUUUAUGUAGUGGGGUACCUCCUACACCUGAAAAUUAUUCAAUUAUGUGGGAUUCAUUAAUUGAUAAAUAUCAAGAUUCACGGCAGAUAGCCUUUAUGUAUUUGGAUCAAAUUUUGAAAUUCAAACCUUUUUUAGUGGAAAGAGGUCAAAAUUUAAACUUAUUUGUUGAAAAAUUUGAUAGUGCCGUUAACGCUCUAAAGGAAGUAAAGGUGGGAGAGUUAUCCGAUUUUAUUUUAAUGACAAUUGCCUUACAAAAACUGGAUGUGCAUACACAGAAGUUAUUUGAACAGUCAUUGGCUAAAGGGGUCAUUCCCACUUACAAUGAACUUUCCGUUUUUAUCAAAACCCAAGCGAAAAUACUGAGUCGAACUAGUGGUUCAGCUAAUUCCAGUAAGCAAGCAAAUUCUAAGGCGGUGAUGCAUUCAUUUGCUAUUAGUGCCGAUUCAAAUUCAUCCGAUGUUAUGAGUAAUAAUACGUAUGAGAAAUUAAUUUGUCCAAAAUGUAAGAGAGAUCACAAAUUAUUCAAGUGUCAUAAAUUUAUGUCUUUAACGCCUACGGAUCGAGUCCAUGUGGUUAAAGCACAUAAUUUAUGUUUCAACUGUUUGCAUUCCAAUCACGGUGUAAAGAAUUGUAGUUCAAACUCGAGCUGUCGUAAAUGUUCAAAACGCCAUCAUACGCUUUUACAUUUUCAUCAUAAGUCAGAUGCCAAUGGUAAAGAUAAUUCAGAAGUUUUAAAGGGUAAUCCCUCCACAUCGAGUGUGCCAGUUGAAUCCAAGCCAUCUCCUCCGGUGAGUUUGUGUUCGACAUCAGAAUUAGUGCAAUCGAAAUAUACUGUAUUAUUGGCUACAGCUCAAGUACAUGUUGUAUCUCAUUUUGGAGAAAAUUUUUUAUUUAGAUUUUUGAUUGACAGUGCAAGUCAAUGCAAUUUCAUAACUCAGAGGUGUUGUCAAAGGCUCAAGUUACCAGUGAAUCGAGCGUGUCUGACCGUGUCAGAAAUUGGUGUUUCCGAAAAACGCGUCAACGGACAAGCUCAAUUAAAAUUUUAUAGUAAAUAUGAUAUUCACAAUAAAUACACGAUGGAUGUUUUAAUAGUUGAUAAAAUUACGGAUCAGUUGCCAACCUGUGUGAUUGAUAGUGAAGUGUGUGAUACAUUUAAAAAUUUGCGUUUGGCAGAUGAUGAAUUUUAUCGACCGAGUGAGAUUGAUGGAAUGAUAGGCGCCGAGUUAGUGCCCUACAUUCUGAAGGGACUUCGAAUCACAGGUCCGGACUCGCCAGUCGCCCUUGAUUCGACGUUAGGUUUUAUUAUUAUGGGUAAAGCGAAAGCUGAAGUCACUAAUAACAUUAUUCAAUCUUAUUGUUGUGUUAACUCUCCCCUUAAUAUGGAUCAACUCAUCCAACAAUUUUGGGAUAUAGAGGAAGUGCCAAACGGUACCGUGUUAAACGCAGACGAUUUAGAGUGCGAAAAAUUAUUUGCGGCGUCUGUUAAGCGAGACGUAAGUGGUCGAUAUGAGGUAGCUUUACCAUUUAGAAAGAUUUUUUCUGAUUUAGGAGACUCUUGUACUUCUGCUUUAAGACGAUUCCAAAACUUAGAAAAACGAUUCGCCUCUAUGCCGUUGUUUAAAAAACAAUAUAUGGAAGUUAUACGUGACUAUUUCGACCAAGGUCAUCUGAAGACCAUAAGUGGUCUACAUCCUAAAUCAUGUGGCUACUUUAUUCCUCAUCACGGGGUUUUUAAGGCUAGCUCCAGUUCUACACCAUUACGAGUGGUUUUCGAUGCGUCCGCGAAAACCGAUAAUGGAAUAUCUUUAAACGAUGCUUUAUAUACCGGUCCGAAAUUACAAACUGAUAUUUUUGACAUUCUACUUAAUUUUCGUUUAUUUCAAUUUGCUAUGACAUCAGAUGUGAAACAGAUGUUUUCUGAUGAAGAACCUAUUCAAAUUUGCCAAUUAACCACGGUUGCCUUUGGGGUUAAGAGUUCUCCCUACUUAGCUUUACGCACUUUACGCCAAUUAGCUGACGAUGAAGCGAAAAAAUUUCCUUUAGCGUGCGAGAUAAUAUUACGUGAUAUCUAUAUCGAUGACAUAAUUUGUUCUGUGGCCGAAAAGUCGAUCGCGCAUAACAUUUAUCGUGAAUUAGUCGGUUUAUUCCGAGCAGGAGGCAUGGAACUAGUAAAAUGGGCGACUAAUUUACGUGAGUUAUCUGAUGAAAUUCCUGAUCAUGCUCGUUCAAAUCAAAUUUUGGAAUUCCCUACGGAGUUUUUGAAGGUGCUUGGCUUGCAGUGGCAAGCAAAUAGCGACGUUCUAAGCUUUUCUAUUAGUGUUGAAAAUUUAGAAUGUACAAAAAGAAAUAUUUUGAAAACUGUAAUGCGCAUCUGGGACCCUUUAGGUUUGCUUGUUCCGGUAUCUUUACAUAUGAAAUUACUAAUUCAAGAAUUGUGGCUACUCAAACUUGAGUGGGAUGAACCUAUUCCAAAUUAUUUACAAAAUAUUUGGAAAGUCUUUCAAAAUGAGUUAAACGACUUAAGUCAAAUAAAAAUUCUACGUCAUAUUGGAUUUAAAACGGGUUCUUCGCUAGAAUUGUUGGCAUUUUGCGAUGCAUCGUCCAAAGCAUAUGCCGCAGUUAUAUAUUCCAGGAUUAUAGAUCCGGACCGUCACAUACAACUUCAUAUAUUAUGUGCUAAAUCCAAAGUGGCUCCAGUUAAAACAAUUUUAACUAUCCCUCGUUUAGAGUUAUGUGCGACAUUAUUAUUAGCAAAACUUUUGAAGUGUGUUAUUGCCCAAUAUUCGAAUCGAGUGAAUAUUACUAAUGUGUUUGCGUUUUCCGAUUCAAUGGUAGUGCUUAAUUGGAUCAAUGGUUCCCCCCAUAAGUGGAAGACUUUUGUAGCUAACCGUGUAUCAAAAAUUCAAUCGUUAAUUGAUGUGUCGUCGUGGUAUCAUAUUUCUAGUAGCGAUAAUCCAGCGGACUGUGCGUCUCGAGGAUUAUCACCGAAAGAAUUUCUUGAACAUCCGUUGUGGUUGAGUGGACCAUCAUGGUGUUCGCGUGAUAGGUCAGAGUGGCCUCUAAAACCCUUUAUAAAAAAUAUUGAGCAAGAAGUUGUCUGUGAGGCUAAGACAAUUUCGUUACCCGUUUUCGAAGAGGAAGAGCAUCCUCUUUAUUCAUUAAUUAAUCGUUGCGGUUCUUGGUUAAAAUUAAUACGAUCAACCGUAUUUGUGUUGCGAUUCGCUAGAAUAUUGCCAAAACGGCAAAAUAUUAUAGCUACAGAUUUAACCAAAGCCGAGAAUUACUUAAUUUCUAGUGUUCAACGUGUUCAUUUUCGAGAAGAGUUUCGUUUAUUGAAGAAUGACAAACUGUGUUCUCCGAAAAUACGCUUUCUGAAUCCUUUCAUACAGGAUAACAUUAUUCGGGUAGGAGGUCGUUUAGUCAAUGCGGUGAUUGCUUACGACCAACAACAUCCCAUGCUACUCCCCAAAAGAGAUCAUUUUGUUGAUUUAUUAAUCGAUUAUAAUCAUCGAUUCAAUUUACAUGCCGGACCUCAUUUAUUAUUGUCCAUAUUGCGUCAAAAAUAUUGGAUUUUAGCCGCGAGAGGAACGUGUACAAAAGUGUAA